AUGAGUUCUGACAGUGACUUGCAUACUAUCAGAGGAGAAACUGUGGCUCCACAUAGCCCAUUACUCCAUUCAAACAGCUCGAGUCACCAACAAGUGAUGGAUGAUCUUCUUCCGGACUCGCCUCAAAACAAUCAGCUCCAAGAACCUGGACUCGAUUCACAUGACCAAUUUGUGGAACAAACUGUCUUUCUUCCAGGGUCUCAUGCUCUCAACGAAUGCGAUUGUUUUGAUCCUGUAAGCCCAAUGGAAUAUGAAUCUGAAAAUGAUUCUCCUGCUCAACCUGUCCAUCAAGAAACUAUGCCUCUAUUCAGGGACGAGGCAUCACCAUCACCAGAUCUCCUAAAACAACUCAACCGUUUUAGAUCUAUUGAGACUGAAAGCUCGCUCGAAUAUCUACCCGCGAUUAAAUCUGAAUCUGAUCAUCAAGAUCAAAGCAUUGAAUCCCGUCCACCUACCCCUGGACCCGGAUGGUCUGACGGAAUCUUAAAUGAUCAGAUACCAGAUAUAAGCCCGAACGGUGAACCUAUGGAAGAAGAAAUCCCUUCGUCACAACAACACUACAGAUUUUCUAGUGGCGAAGAAAAACCGGAUAUCGACACGGACGGUGACCAAAUGGAAGAAGAGUUUCCCUCCCCACAAGAACAACCUCGACUUUCUAGUGGCGAAGAAAAACCGGAUAUCGACACUGACGAUGACCAAAUGGAAGAAGAGUGUCCCUCUCCACAAGAACAAUUUAGAUUUUCUAGUGGCGAAGAAAAACCGGAUAUUGACCCUGAAGGUCAACAAAUGGAAGAAGAUUUCCCCUCUUCACAAGAACAACCUAGACUUUCUAGUGGCGAAGAAAAACCGGAUAUCGACACUGACAUUGAACAAAUGGAAGAAGAGCUCCCUUCUUCACAAGAACAACCUCGACUUUCUAGUGGCGAAGAAAAACCGGAUAUCAAUCCAGAAGGUGAACAAUUGGAAGAAGAUUUUCCCUCUUCACAAGAACAACCUCGACUUUCUAGUGGCGAAGAAAAACCGGAUAUUGACCCUGAAGAUGAACAAAUGGAAGAAGAGCUCCCUUCUUCACAAGAACAACCUCGAUUUUCUAGUGGCGAAGAAAAACCGGAUAUCAAUCCAGAAGAUGGAAUUACAGAAGAUGAGAUUCCUGCUUUGCAAGGACAAUCUAGAAUUCCUAGUCAUGAAGAAGACGAACAGAUAGGAAUACAAUUAUUCGACUCUCGUGGAUCACCACUCACAAGCAAUUCUUCUAACGGUGAAGAGCUUUCUUCGACCCAAAACCGUAGCGAUCUUCAUCACUAUGCCAGACUGGUCGAGCAACAGGCAACACCAGGCCCAUCAAAUCAACCAAAUCCAAAUUCCGGGAACACUCAUGCAUUGAGUCCAGAGACUUUGAGACUUUGGCGAUUAGGUUUUGUAGAUGCAAGAGGAAGAAGAUCACCUCAAUCUAUGAGACAAUCCUCUCCUUGUUUGGGCCCGAGCUCAAGGGAUGUGUCAGUUCAUAAUGAUGCGAGAGAGUCAAAUAUACUCCCCAAUUUAUCUAGGAGAGACGAGGUCAAUGCUCCGACUCAAGAUCUUCAAACUACAACUGCAUUGAAACCCCAAGGUAAGAAAAUAAAAAAUCAAGCCAACGACUCAACUCUACCAGCAAAAAAGAAGAGUAAGACUAAACAGGUCAAGAAAUCUCAACCAGCAAAGCAGCGAGAAGAACCUCAAGCUCAACUUACCAAUUCUUCUCAUACCAUAAGCCCCCCUGCUAUACCUCCCACUCCGCCACCACCUCAAGAACAACCUACCACUUCUUCUCAAACCAGGAGUACACCUGCUAUACCUCCCACUCCGCCAAACCCUCAAGACAAGCCAGAAUCAAGUCCACCUCGAAUCCAAGCACAAACUGAAAUUCCAACACAAAGGCCUGGAAGAGCUUUGAGACCUAGAAGAUUAGAUGGAAGAGCUGCUACUAAUUUAAGAUCAAGAGCUUUGGAAGAAGGAAUUGAUUCAAAUCAAAAUAAGAAAAAGAGAGGAGAAACUCAAACUGGUGCUGAAACAAGUUCUUCAAGAAACUUAAAUGCUCCAGAGGAUCAAGAAGUAGUUGAAAAUACUCAAUCAGAGGCUGUACCUCCUCGUCCUUUUAGAAGAUUAAUUCUUAGACUUCGUCCACCCGUUGAUCCAGUUGAUGAUCAAGCGCAAGAAGAAGUAGUAGCGGAUCCCCAACCAGAGGUGCAAGUCACGGAACCUCGUCGUCCUAGAAGAUUAAUCCUUAGACUUCGUUCACCCAGUAAUCCAGACAAUAGAAAUUAA